AGGCCCGAGUAAUUAGUUGUAUAAAUAUAGAAUUACAUGGAAAGCAGAAAUGCCAAACGAAAGAAAAGAGAAAAAAGCCAAAAAGGCUGCCCUCGAAGAAUCAAAUCCGGCGUUUGACCGAAGACUCUCUUAUUUUUUAAAAUUAAAAAAUAAAAAUAAAAAAAAAUCUCGAUUUUCUCCUCUCUCUCUCUCUCUCUCUCUCUGCAACUUGUCGGCAUUGCAGUAUUCUCUCUUCCUCUUGCUUCCUUCUCUCCUACAUAACUCAAACCCGACUCUCUCUCUCUCUCUCUCUCUCUCUCUCUCUCUCUCAGCCGUUGAUUCGGACUGAGUGUUAUGAAUCUUAGAUCAUCCGUCGGUCGGAGAUUUACGAUAGAUUUGGAAGGCGGAAAGAGAAAUUUAUAGAAAGAAGAAUCGGGAAAAUGUAGAAAAUGAGUUCAUAUAGAUUUCAUGAAGAUUUCAAGGCGUCUCUUCAAAGGCGAAGAGAUAGAGAAGAAGAACUGAUCAGAGCUGGUAUUUUUCCUAUGUUGUGUUUGUAUUUCCUUCUCUUGGGCUGUUUUCCGAUGGCGGCGAUGUCGGCCUCUCCCGACACCGACGCUUUGAUGAAGUUCUUUUCUUCAUCCGUCGAGAAAGAUCCGAACGACGUUUUGCGGAAUUGGAAUUCCAUUUCGGAGAGCCCGUGUAACUGGACCGGCGUCAUCUGCUCCGGCGACCGUGUCGUUGGACUGGAUUUGAGUGGCGCCGGCCUCGUCGGCCGCCUCCAGAUGGAUCAUUUGAUGGCUGUGGAGAAUCUUCAGAACGUCAGCUUGCACGGCAAUUUCUUCUACGGGAAUCUCUCUCAUGGAAGCAGAGCUUCCACCCCCUGCAGCUUCGUCUCCGUCGAUCUGUCUUCCAAUAACUUCACUGAGGCCGUCUCCGAAUCGUUCCUGCUCCGAUGCAGCAGCCUGCUGUCGCUUAAUGUCUCUCGCAAUUCCAUCACUGGUGGGAUCUUCCCAUUCAGCCCGUCGAUCUUGGUGCUUGAUCUGUCCCGCAACAGGAUUUCAGAUGAUAGGUUGUUGAAUUACUCACUGUCAAAGUGCCACAAUUUGAAUAUGCUCAAUUUCUCCGAUAACAAGCUGACGGGUCAGCUGGGGAAGAUUGGAGCGUCUUGUGGGAAUCUUGGGGUUCUUGACCUAUCUUGUAAUCUGAUAUCUGGGAGAAUUGAAGAGGAUUUUUUGGUGGGAUCGGUGGCAUCGUUGCACCAUUUAGACCUCUCCCACAACAACUUGUCGGGUGAAUUCUCUAGGAUCGGAUUCGGCAACUGCACUAAUCUUACAGUGCUCAAUCUCUCCUACAAUGGACUCUCUGGUGUCGGGUUCCCGGCAAGCAUUUCAAAUUGCCAGCAGCUCGAGAUGCUCGACCUCUCCCAUAACAUGCUCGAAGAUAAGAUUCCGUUAUUGUUGGGGGAUUUCCGAAGUCUGCAGAAGCUGGUCUUGGCGAAGAACCAAUUUUCGGGGGAGAUACCAUUAGAAUUGGGGCGGUUGUGCGGCAUUAUCCAGGAGCUCGACCUUUCUGAGAACAGCAUCUCCGGUGGAAUCCCGUCUUCAUUUGCCUCAUGUUCAUCUUUGGAAAUCCUCAAUCUCGGCCACAAUCAGCUAUCGGGCGAUUUCAUCGACAGCGUGAUCAGCACUCUCUCAUCUUUGAAACGCCUCUCGAUCGCUUUUAACAAUCUCACGGGCUCGGUGCCUAUGUCGCUGAGGAACUGCUCGCAAUUGGAAGUGCUCGAUCUCAGCUCGAAUGGAUUCAAUGGAACUAUUGCAGCUGGGUUCUGUUCGAAGUUUGAUUCUCUGCAGAAGAUCCUCCUGUCCGGAAAUUUCCUAUCUGGGGCCGUGCCUUCGGAGCUCGGCAACUGCAAGAGCCUAAGGACUGUCGAUCUUAGCUUCAAUCAACUUAGUGGGCAGGUUCCUUCGGUGAUCUGGGAGCUUCCACAGCUCACCGAUUUGGUUCUUUGGGCUAACAGCCUUGACGGUGAGAUACCUGAUGGCCUCUGCUCAGGUGGAAGAAGCUUACAGACAUUGAUUCUCAACAACAAUCUUAUCUCUGGUUCGAUCCCACUGUCGCUCACCAAUUGCAAGGAUCUGAUUUGGGUCUCCCUAUCUAACAAUCUCCUCACUGGAGGAAUCCCAGCUGGGAUCGGAAACCUCCAGAAACUCGCAAUUCUUCAACUUGGGAACAAUUCGCUGAGUGGGGAGAUCCCUCCAGAGCUCGGCAAUUGCAGCAACCUCAUCUGGCUUGACCUGAACAGCAACAAACUGCUGGGGGCUGUCCCACCAUGGCUUGCCAUCCAGACAGGGAAGAUUGUCCCUGGGGUUGUGUCUGGGAAGCAGUUUGCAUUCGUGAGGAAUGAGGGCGGGACAGCUUGUCGUGGAGCUGGGGGGCUGCUGGAAUUCGAGGGGAUCCGGAAGGAGCGGCUCUUGGACUAUCCAAUUGUCCAUUCAUGCCCAUCGACGAGGGUAUACACUGGAACGACUGUGUACUCAUUUUCGGGCAAUUAUAGCAUGAUCUACCUUGAUCUCUCCUACAAUUCGCUGUCGGGGACUAUCCCAGAUGACUUUGGAUCCAUGUACUAUCUACAAGUCUUGAACUUGGGGCACAACAAGCUUAUGGGAAUGAUCCCGGAUAGCUUUGGAGGCUUGAAGCAGGUUGGAGUCCUUGAUCUCUCUCACAAUAGCCUUGAAGGAUUCAUCCCAGCAUCGUUGGGAACGCUUUCGUUUCUCAGUGAUCUCGACGUCUCCAACAACAAUCUCACCGGCCUGAUCCCAUCCUCCGGCCAGCUCACGACAUUCCCCUCGUCAAGAUACGAAAACAAUUCCGGCCUCUGUGGAGUCCCAUUGCCUCUUUGCAGUCCAGCCUCAAAAGUCCAUUCAAAUUCAAAUUCGGGUGGGAAAAGGCAGUCUAUGGCUGGGAGCGUCGUGAUCGGCAUUGCCAUCUCUCUUCUCUUUGUAAUCACUCUGACAUUCGCAUUGUAUCGAAUGAAGAAGUUCCAGAAGUCAGAGGAGCAACGGGAACAAUACAUCGACAGCCUACCGACUUCUGGAAGCAGCAGUUGGAAGCUGUCAGGUGUUCUUGAGCCUCUAAGCAUCAAUGUGGCCACAUUCGAGAAGCCACUGAGGAAGCUCACAUUCGCACACCUCCUCGAAGCCACAAAUGGAUUCAGCUCCGAAAGUCUGAUAGGAUCCGGCGGAUUUGGAGACGUCUACAAGGCCCGGUUGAAGGACGGGUGCACAGUUGCGAUCAAGAAGCUUGUCCAUGUGACAGGCCAGGGUGAUAGGGAAUUCACAGCAGAGAUGGAAACAAUCGGCAAGAUCAAGCACCGCAACCUCGUCCCUUUGUUGGGCUACUGCAAGAUCGGCGACGAGAGGCUUCUUGUCUAUGAGUACAUGAAAUGGGGCAGCUUGGAGAUGGUCCUUCAUGACAGGAGAGUCAAGGGAGGGAAUUCAAAGCUCGACUGGGCAACCAGAAAGAAGAUUGCAAUUGGGUCGGCCAGAGGACUAGCAUUUCUUCACCAUAGUUGCAUUCCGCACAUAAUUCACAGAGACAUGAAAUCAAGCAAUGUCCUUCUUGAUGAGAAUCUAGAGGCCCGAGUCUCUGAUUUUGGCAUGGCCCGGUUGAUGAAUGCCCUCGACACCCAUCUAAGUGUAAGCACCCUCGCUGGGACCCCUGGGUACGUCCCGCCGGAGUACUACCAAAGUUUCCGGUGCACGACGAAAGGAGAUGUCUACAGUUAUGGUGUCAUACUGCUAGAGCUUCUUUCAGGCAAGAGGCCCAUUGAUCCAACAGAAUUUGGUGACAACAACCUCGUUGGGUGGGCGAAGCAGCUCAUGAGGGAGAAGAGAGCCUGUGAGAUAUUCGACUCUGAGCUGACAGGUGAGAAAUCCGGUGAGGCUGAGCUCUAUCAAUACUUGAAGAUUGCAUGUGAUUGUUUAGAUGACCGACCGUUCAGACGGCCCACCAUGAUUCAAGUGAUGGCAAUGUUCAAAGAGCUGCAAACAGAUUCGGAGAGUGAUAUUCUUGACGGGUUCUCUUUAAAAGACAGCGUCAUCGAUGAAUCAGAAUCACGGGAGAAAGAUCCAUAAUUCACACAAAAAAUGGAAAAUUGAUUCUCAAUUGAAUUGGAUUACCCGCAGCAACCAUGAUUCAGGUGGCUAUUAAUCAGAUAUAGUAGCCAUUAAACAUUUUGUUUUUACUGUAAAUAGCAAAGAAGAAGAACUACUGUAGAGAGGCUGAAAGGACCCAUGUUUGCUGAAAAGAAAAGAAGGGUCCUUGGUUGCCUCAAAUUCAAACUCUUAUCUUCCUUUCACCAUCUCAUUAUACUUCUUUUUUCCCUUU